ACCUUAUUUUGUCUGUUUUAUCCAAUUCAAUUUUCCAAACCCUUUUGCGGAGAAAAAAAUAAAAUAAAAUCUAACUUGGGGGAACCCCACAAGAAACUCCAGCAUUCAAAGCACUUCAACAAAGAAACCAACCUCAUUGCACCAAAAUCAAACACCCGCAUUUCCCCUCAAUUUUUCUUCUUGAGCUUCCCAAUUCGUUUUCUCAAUCUUGCUGUUGCUGCAAGAAUUCAUAAUCACUCUAAAGAAACCGAGAAUUUCAUAUAAUCUUUCUUGGGUCGAUAAUUUAUUGGAAAGAAAGCGUUUUUUUUUUUUAUUAUUAAAAGUAGGGUAAGACUCAAGAAACUUUGAGGCCUGUUUUUUGGGCCUACCAAAAUUCAGAAUGAAUGUAGUAGGAAAAUUUGGAAACUUGAUAACAAAGGGUGUAUAUUCAGUUGCUACCCCUUUUCAUCCCUUUGGUGGUGCUGUUGAUGUCAUUGUUGUUCAGCAACAAGAUGGGACUUUUCGGAGCACGCCGUGGUAUGUUCGGUUCGGUAAAUUUCAGGGUGUUCUUAAAGGUGCCGAAAAGAUUGUUAAGAUAAAUGUUAAUGGGGUUGAAGCGAACUUUCAUAUGUAUCUUGAUAAUUCGGGGGAGGCUUAUUUUGUAAAAGAGGUGGAUGAGGAUGAUAAAGAAAGUGAGUCAAAUGUGGCUGCUGAAGCUGCUACUAACUUUGAAUCUUUAACAGAAGGCAGUGGUGUGAAAAUUGAUUACGAAAAUCUGAGUGUGGAUGAUAUUACUGGUCAUAGACUUGAGCAUACCGUAUCUGAUCCGGGGGUUCUUCAGUUGAAAGGUGAAGAUUGUUCCUCGGUUUUGCCAAAACUUCAGAAGGCGGAAUCUGAUAUUGGUAGGAGAUUUUACGAUUUUCAAGAUGAUCAGCCCACAAUUGAAGGUUCAGCUGAUUUGUUGGAAUACGGGAGUAGUCAAUAUGACAAUCUUGAUGGAGAGAAUUUUGUGGACUUGCAGGGUUCACUUCCGGAGGUGGUCUUGGUCAGUGUUGAUGGUCAUAUAUUGACAGCUCCUAUCUCAGAAUCAGAGCAGACUGAGGAGAAUUUGCAGUUAAAAAUUCCUCAGUUUCAUUUGGGACCAGGUGAAGGGACUGAAUUCUAUGAAGGAAAUGAGGAGUUUAGUACUGGCGAAGAUGCGUGCUCUACUGAUUAUGUUAGUCAGUUGGAUGCUUCAACAGCUGAUGAUAAAUAUAAAAAAAAAUAG